AGGAGACACGACGUUCCAGGAUAGCCGGGGAAAGAGUUUCUCCCGAGGGUGGGCGGUGUCAGGUUAGGUUCCCUCGUUAAGGAAUAACGAGAAAGCCGUCAAGCUGGCGAGCCUAACGAGCUGCGUGUCGACGAUGAUGGACGACGAGGAGCAGGAGGAGCUCCGUUGCACCGGAAGCGACGUCGAGAUCGAGGAGUACACCGACACCGAGGAGUCGCCAUAUGUCGCUUAUCAGGCCGGAGGCGAUAAGCUGUUCGAUACCGAUCGCGAGAACUGGCAGAGGCUCCGCUUCCUGGCCACCCUCGUGUCCGUCGCGAUAUCAGUUACCGUCCUCGUUAUCACGUAUCCGCUUUAUCUCGAGAGCGUCGCUGCCGUCUCCAGCGCUUACACAGGACUCCUCUUCACCGCCCUGUGCUCCGCCUGCAUCUUGGGGAUGGUGUACGUUGUCGCGGACAGAGUGUCACCGCCGCCGCCUCUGAUACCUAACAGCUUGCGAGUCAGGAUACCCCGCUGUGGCCUGAUCAAAAUAAGCACUCUGUAUGCCCUUUCGGGCAUCCUAGUCACCCUAUCUCUCGAUCGGAAUAGAGUACUGUGCCACUUACAGGAUCCAAUAAAAGGCAUUACCCUCGUCUUCUCCCUCGUCUACUACUUCUUCUUCUGUCGGAAAAUGAUGAGUCUGCAACGAAUAUUCUCCAGCACGACCAUAAUAGUGGGUCUAUUUAUAAGCGUCGAUUAUGGUCUCUGCGACGAAUUUCGUUGUCGUGGACGGGAAGUUUCCUCGCACACGACGGCCGGCACCAGAGGAUCCUGGGGCAUCCGAGCAGUUUGGACGUUUGUUUACGUGGGUGCUCUCGCUUCCUUCGCCAUGUUCUUUACCUUGUUGGAGCGGCAUUAUACCACCGGGCAGCAAAACGUGUGUCAGAUGUUGACGACGCAGCACAACUCGUUCUUGUACACGGUGUCCCGCUUGGUGUCUUCCCGCGACAUUCGUCGUCGUGGCUCGGAAGAGGAAGGCGGUCGACUGCUGCACGUGACGGAUCCGGAUCCCACGAUAAAGCCAAAAAGCUACCCGAAACCGCCGGUGAUGCAAACCCUCUUUUACAUACACGUCAUCGCUUUCUUUGCCAUCUUGACCUUCUGCUGGCUCGACACUCUGCCCGGCAUCGGCAGGGGUUUGUCGCCCGUACAAUUGUACCGUACCGUGGAACAGGGACUGAUGUGCCAUUUCAAAGGCGGCAAACUGUGCUCGAACGUGUCCAGCCACGGAUGGACUUUUCUAUUUGCUUACAUUGUGUUCUCGAUCUCAAUCCUCAACUUCCUGUCCUUAUGCGAGAGCGCGGUAUUCAGCGUGGCCGUCGCAACCGUGUCACUUCCGCUGUCCGGUAUCUGGUGGAGCAUUUACAGGAUGGACGUCGACUCUCACGGAGGAACUUGAAGAAAAAAGGAUGUCUGCUCACUUGAAGUUUAUUAAAGCAGACGCCAACAACCUCGUUCGUGAUAAUAUCGAUAGCCACUACAGUGACACCGUCCUUGGCCGCGUUUAGACAAAGUUCUAUGAGUUCCUCGGAUGCCCCUGGUUCAGACAUCAACUCUACGGCUUUACACACCGACUCAUGGACGCAGAAGCUCUUCCUUAUCACGUCAAGAGCACCCUGCAAGGUCUCGUCUGUUAAAGUUUCGAAUUCUAUCCGGCCAUCCUCUAUCGAGCCCCAAGGCUGAUAAUAACACAUCCUUUCGCGAGUUUUGCUGGAAAACAACAUCGUAUGAGUUUCAAAAACAAAAUUCAACAAAAUUAACUUUUAGAGAACAGGAAGCCAAUAUUUUGGCUCUAUAAGGAUCGCUUAUUUUUCAUAGUACAACACUAUAAUAAAGAUAUAAAAAUUCUUACUUCAAAUUAUAAAAGUUUACGAAAAAAUACGCCCGUUCUCUAAUGGUUCAUUAACUUAAAAACUAUUGUAAAAAAUUGAUGAAGUAUGACGCCAUAUCAUGUUAUAUUAAAAAAUUAAAAUGUAACUAAUUCUGUUUUUAAUUGCACAUUGUAUUUAUAUAUAUAUAUAUUGAAAACUUUCUAAUUAUGAAA